UAUUUUUCUUCGUUCAUUUUUUUAGUUGAUAUACAUCGAAUAAUUUUAGUGUAUCAUCGACAUGGCGCCUCUCAACUAUUGGAAUCGUAUUACGAUCAUUCUCUUAGUAUGUGCCCAGACUUUUGUGACCGGAUCUCAUUUUCGCGGUGGAACCGUAUCUUGGAAACAUAAGUCUUCCGCUGGAAAUACACAUCGUAUCGAAUUUAGUUUUCGUUUUGGAUGGAGGCGAGACUCCUAUGCUUCUUGCACCGACGCAACGAUUCAAACCCAAACGCUUGGAUAUGAUGGAGGUAAUUGGAUCUUGGAUAGUAGAGGAAGCAGCACGGAUUUUCCACGAUCGGUGGAAAUCAAAUGUACAACAUUUGAUCCGUCAGAAAACUGGGCAUAUGGAUACAAUGACUUCGAGGCCAAUAUUACAGCAAAUGGGCCUUUCAGUAUACAGUUUACUGGUAGUGCCUGGAUUGGCGGAUUAGAGUUUGGUGCAAAUUCCGGCUGGUCAGUUGGUCUGUUUAGCAUAGAUCUUAGAGUUCGAUCGGACAGUGGAUACCCGAAUAAUCCACCUGCGACAUUCAGUUUGCCUGUCAUAAAAUUACAAGCGAAUUGUCAACGUGUCAUCGAUAUUCUAUACUUAGACAGAGACAAUGACACAGUUACUUGUCGAUACGGCGCUAAUAGUCAGGAGUGCGGCGGAAUAUGUGGUCAAUUUUCCCAUUUUACUCUUAACGAGGAAAAAUGUCAAAUAACCUACGAUGGAUUGAGUUCUGGCAACCGAUUGGUCCCAGUGGCUCUGAUGUUGUCCGAUCACCCAAAGCGAAAUAUAACGAUCGGAGGAAAACCUGUCUCUGCAACUGAUUCAAUGAGUUCCAUUCCUCUGCAAUUCUUAGUCAGUAUUUUUCCAUCUAAUGAUGCAUGCGACUUGAUUCCAACGUAUCCAAAUUUUGGAAUACCAGAGAAUGCUGUUGUCGACAUUACUCAAACUAACGGAGUUCUCAACAAUACUCUUUAUGCCAAUCCUAGCACCACACAAAUAGCCAUAAUUCGCUUCAUCAUUCUCGGACCACUUGGUUUACAAUAUUCAUCUGUAUACUUGUUUGAUAGUGGAAUAUAUGCUACAAAUAUUAUAUGGAUUCCAUCGUCAGAACAGGGAGGCACACAUAGAAUAUGCUACCAUGCGGUGGAUGCAAAUAAUAAAAAUGGCCUGCAGCGAUGCUUCAGUGUUGUGGUACCAGAAACCUCCAAUUUGUGCGACAACGGCUACGAAGGAUCAGGAGGUUCUUCUGUUUUUGACCCCGCAACUGGAAAAUGCUCUUGUACGCGGUCAUGCUGGGAAUUAUCUUCAGACGAAAAAUCGUGUGUUCCUUUUAUGAAUGUGUCUUGCAAUGGAGUUGAUAUAGAUCUUACAAUUGCCGGUUGUGCCUCCACCGAAACAAUCGUAGCAGGUUCAACAAGUUGGUUUUUCUCCCAAAGUCAAUGUCAAUCUGCCAAAAGAAAUUCAAAUUACGAACUGAGUUUUGAUGCACAAGAUUGUGGAGUUUCUUGGCAGAUUAGCUCCGCAUUCAUUGAAUAUGCAAUGAAUAUAUGGAUAUGGGAAGGUACACAGUUUGGUCUUACUGUGAGAGGUCAGUGGUUGAAUGUCCCAGUUGUUUGCAGUGUUCCAUUAUCACAGAAUUUAACGGGAUCUUUCAUCCCAGUUCCUGACUUAAUUGAUAAUUUUCUUCCAAAAGAAAUAGCCAUUGUUGGAAUGGGAACUUUUACCUUGUUUUUUCACUUUUUUCGGACCAACUCUUUUGCGUCAAAAUAUGGAAUACGUGACUUUCCGCUUGAGGUUGAUGUGAAUAAUGAAUUAUACUUUUCACUUGGUGCUGUUGGUCGCGAUGGAUUGGUGUUUUUUACUGAGAAGUGUGUUGCCACGACCUCUAGCGUGGGAACUUCUAACACUUUGAGUUAUACUUUUAUUGAAAAUGGUUGCCUUCUCGAUCCUACUUUAAAGAAAUACAAUUCACCUUCGAUGGAGAAUCGAUACAGCAUUCAAGCUUUUGCGUUUGACGCAAAUCUUCUUUCUGAAAAACAGGAUACUGUAAUUCUCAUCCAGUGUCAAAUACUUAUUUGUGAUUCGACCCAAAACAACACGAGAUGUUCUCAAGGUUGCAUACCUUCUAUCGGAAGAAAAAGGAGAUCUGCCACAGAAGAAGAAUUUGUGGAACACGAAAAUGAUGAUGACAAUGAUGAGAAAUUUGAAGAAAUAACACAAUCGCCUCCUCAAUCCAUUGAUACUAAAAUUAUUCUUCUGGGAAAUUCGGAGAAGAGUGAUGACAACAAUCAAUUUCUGCAAUGGAUUCUGAUUGGUGGUGGAAUAUUUGUAUUAAUGCUCGUUGUUCUUGUGAUUUUGCUUGUGAUUAUGUGCAAGAAGUCACAAACCCCCAUCCAGUCAAAAAUCGUAAAUGUUGAGACUGAUGGUGAAAUGUAUACCACAAAUUCGACUUACCUCUCUAAGCAGUAAGCUGUUACACUGCCGCUUUUGAACUUUUUUAUAACCCUAACAUUUUGAUUACGUUCUUUCUUGGUUUUGUCCUGAUGUAGGCUAAUUUUUAAUCUCAAAUGCAGUAUAUCUAAGUUUAAGCGAAGGUGGAACUGUUCUUUUGAAUGUUUUGCUAAUCUCUGUUUUACACGUGCAGCAAUCCAAUAUAUGAUUUUCUUCCAAGUAGGCUAAUGAAGUUCGCAUGAACUGUUAUCAUCUUGAUAUAAAGAUUUCUAUCUGUCUGUUCUAUUCCAAGUGUUUUAUUUGAAUAAUCUAAUCGUUUUGAUGAGAUCUAAGGCUAUUCUCACACAUAAAGUCGACAACUCUAAAAUCAAUUUCAAUAUUUGGUAAUAUUUUUCAUCUUUCCUUUAUUAAUAUUCUGUAAAUAUAACAAACAAAAGCAAUAAAAAAUCUGAUAUUAUUGUUUGUGUAAUUAAUAUCACUUCAGAUAUUAAAACAAAAGAACGCAAUUAGUAAAUUCAGCGUUUUUAAGCUCGAAGAAACUAAUAUGAAUUACUAAUUAAUGACAUUGCAUCUCGUGUAAAAUAAUAAGUGAUAAGAGUGCAGAUGUAAGACAACAUAAUUUCUGUAUAAGAAUUAAUUUAGGUUUAAGUUAUCAUUUCGAUAUAGUAACUUGGGGGUUAUUGAUAUAUAUUAUACAAAAAUUUUAUAAAAAAAAAACAUACGAAUUGGUGAUCGAUAAAGAAUUAAACAUUGUAUUGUUCAUCUGAGAAACUCCGUUAUUUUUUUGUAUAUCUUACAUAGUAAAUAUCGUGAAAUCUUAGUCUAACGUCUUCGAGCAGUGUCGUCUGUUUCGUAAAUUUCUAGCAGUAGAAUAUUUCUUGAACUUUUUGAAAAUUAAAGUAGCAUAGAAAAUAUUUACAAAAGAAAGUCAUAAAAAUGAAAUGGACUCUGUAUGUACAGUUGAUUUUUAUUGGUAACAAAUAAUAGAACCCUGGACAUUAGAACAAAAUGAACAAAAUUUGUAUCUUCUAAACAUAUAUUAAUAAUGACCUAUGACAGAAUGCAAAGCACUGUUCUCCAAAAUAAAAAAUGUUACUAACUUCUGCAGAACCUAGUCUAGUGCUAGAGAUAUAUAAAUAGAUAUACAACCUUGUUUAACCUUGUUAAAGCCUGCUUGGGGUACUUUAUGAUGUAAUAGUGUCAUAGCGAGAUAACGACGUGUUGAUAUUUAGAGACUACAGAGGACACGGAGUGGACAUAUGGAUCGUUUUGUUAUUAUGUUCUUUUUCUUUGCCAUAGAAUUUUAUCAUUAUGAAAAAAAUCUUUUCUCUUUGAUAAAAGGUAUUUUUCGCUAGAAAGGCAUUACUUUCAUUU